GGCCUUUCUUGUCUUAGCCGUCUUACUGAUUUGCUUUAGCACGGGGGUAUGUCAAGGAUGAAUCAUGCACCUUCUAUAUCUUGCCUUUGUUCCUACACAGAGGAAGUGUUUAAAGACUCCUGUUGAGGCAUUUUCAAUUUGACAGAUCUUAAGUCUGCAUUUCUUCACACGUUCGCGUUUCGCUUUCAAGUCGCUUCUACCGUUGACAGAAGGCUCCUGUGUUCAAAACCUCCCAUUCGCCUACCUAGUACGUCUAUACGAAGCAUGUCGACCAAGAUCGUACCUCGCCGUAGUGACGAACGAGGCCAUGCCGACCAUGGUUGGCUGAAGACAUUUCAUACCUUCUCAUUUGCGAUGUACCGAAGUGCUGCUCAUGACCAAUUCGGUUCACUCAGAGUGAUCAAUGAGGACCGCGUCGAGCCUCGCACUGGUUUCGGCACUCAUGGCCACCGUGAGUUCGAGAUCUUCUCCUACGUCGUAUCUGGAGAGCUGGAACAUCAAGACUCUAUGGGGAACCUUGAGAUCCUAAAGAGGGGCGAUCUCCAAAUGACGUCUGCCGGAACAGGCAUCCGCCAUAGUGAGAAGGCCCAUGGCACAAAGCCAGUCCAUUUCUUGCAGAUCUGGAGCAUUCCUUCCACGAAGAACCUUACUCCACAAUAUUUCACUCGGCACUUCACCGAUGAAGAGAAAAAGGACAAGUGGGUAUGCAUUGUUGCGCCGUCUGGAUCAGAUGGCGUCACGGAGAAGAGAGAGGCGACGGGACCAGCACCCGUCCAUUCGCCUCUCACACUCUACGCCACUCUACUGUCGCCUUCGAAGUCCCUUUCGCAUACACUUUCAAAUACCAAGGCCUACUAUCAUGUCGUCCAAACUUCUGGAUACAAUCCAGACAAGGCCAGCGGAGGUCAUGUGAAGGUGACCGGUGCAGACGGUGCGGUUGUGGAUCUGAGAGAAGGCGAUGGUGCAUAUAUAACAGGAGAUAUUGGUGCCGAAUUGAAGGCGGACAAUGUGGGGGAUCGCGUCGCCGAAAUUCUGCUGUUCGACUUGGAAUGAUCUACUUCUGGUCGAGACUGAUGAGUUUCAAGACCUCACUUUUCACAUUCUGUUGCCCAUAUGAUAUAAAUGGAUAUCUCAGCUGAACUUACUCGACUUCCAAAAGCGGUUUCAUAGUCUGAUCAAUGGAAUAGUUGCCUCAUGGCUAUCGCUACUCACCACAUAACCCCGCAAAACUUCAGGCUUGGACGUCUGAAUAGUGACAUUCUCAUCUGAUACCUGACCG